AUGCUCGGCAAUGCAGCUUCUGUUCGCUAUACUAAGAGAGCAUCGGCUAGCACCGCCUCCAUCCAGCUUCCAUGGGCCAACUGCACCACGAACAACCUGCAAAACCUGGAAUGUGCUCAGAUUCAGGUACCCAUUGAUUGGUCCCAGCCGCAGGGGAAACAAAUCACCUUGGGCAUCAGCAGGGUCAAAGCCACUGGAAGCAGCGCAAGCAGAGUGGGCAGUCUAAUUUUCAAUCCUGGCGGACCGGGUGGAAUAGCGACAGAGUUCUGCGAAUAUGAGGCUGCGGGAAUUCCCAUAUUCAGCAAGGCCAUCAGGGAGCACCUUGACAUCGUCUGUCCUGAUCCUCGCGGUAACGAGGCCGAGUUCGAAGAGAUGGUUAAGCACAACAGAGCCUUUGGGCAGAGUUGUCUGGACCUUAGCGGCGAUUUGUUCAAGCAUGUUGAUACAACCAGCGUUGCGAAGGACAUGGAAGCGAUCCGCGCUGCUUUGAACGAUGGCAAGCUCAACUGGCUCGGCGGAUCUUAUGGAACUCAGAUCGGUGCGCAAUAUGCGGAGCUGUACCCCAACAAUAUUCGGGCCAUGGUGCUGGAUGGUGAUGUGGGUGAUUCACCUUCGGAGGUGUAUCUUCACACGACCGAAUCUUCUACAUAUGAGAACAGCCUUGAUCGCUUCUUCGACUGGUGUAGCAAAAAGCAGACCUGCGCGCUCUGUGGUCAAAAUGUGGCGCAGUUAUUCGAUGACCUCGUUGCAAAGGGAGACAAGACACCGAUAUCCGCGCCCGGCUGCCUUCUCACAGCAGACACCUCUUCGGCAGGCACGUGCUUCCCCAACGUGACCGGCGAAGAUAUCCGUUUCAAUGUCCAAGGUAACUCCUACUUGACAUACAAGUACGGCACCUCGUUUUCGCCCGGUAGAUGGUUGAAACUCGGUAUUGCCCUGAACGACACCCUCAAUGGCAAUGCCACAGCAUUAUCCUCUGCGAUGGCCAUGAAGGGAAGAAUUCGACGGUUUGGCAAGGUUUGGCCGUGGGCUGUCUGGACUGGAACCACAACACCGCGACAUUCGCGCAGAGCAAAUACAAGCAGCAACUCGGAAGCGCCAUUGCACCUCAUACCAAGGGCGCUUCCCAGAUGUAUCAAUAUCAGACACAAUGUAUCGGCUGGCCCGCUCCAGUCGUAA